AUGUCCUUUCGCAUGGCAAUUGUGCUGGUAGCUGGCAUUCUUGGGCAUCUCCUGCCUGCCUCUGCCUCUGCCUCGCCCCUGACCCUCUCCCCCUCGUCGCCCCUGACACGCUCGGCGGUUGUCGACCUCGGGUACUCCCGCUACCAGGGCGUCGCACUAGGCAAUGGCGUUGACGAGUACCUGGGCAUGCGAUAUGCCAAGCCUCCUUUGAACGAGCUGCGAUUCCGAGGACCUCAGGAUCCGGAGCAGACGGAUGGAGUCGUGGAUGCGACCGCGUUUGGACCCGUUUGUGUCGGCGUUGGUCAACGCACCAGUGACUCCUUGGGGGAGGACUGCUUGUUCGUCAAUGUUUGGCGUCCGUCCAAUGCAACAAUAGACUCCAAUCUCCCCGUGUGGCUGUUUAUCCAAGGAGGUGGGUACGCGGAUAAUGCGAACUUCAACUUCAACGGCAGUGAAGUUGUCAAGCAGUCCGGAUACGAUAUCGUCUUCGUCAACUUCAACUACCGUGUCGGCGCCCUCGGCUUCCUUGCCAGUGAGGAUGUCCGGAGAGAUGGCGACCUCAACGCAGGCCUGCUGGAUCAGCGCAAGGUGCUCGCGUGGGUGCAGCAGCACAUUGGCCAAUUCGGGGGUGAUUCUCACCAUGUGGUGAUUCACGGUGACUCUGCCGGAGCAGGCUCGGUCGCUCACCAUCUCACUGCCUACGACGGCCGCGACAUGAAUCUCUUCGUUGGCGCGGUUGCCGAAUCUACCUUCUGGCCGACUCAGCGCACGGUCGCAGAGACGGAAUUCCAGUACGAGCGGUUCGCGCAGGACGUGGGCUGCGGCGGAAUGGAGGAUACUCUCGCAUGUCUGCGCUCGGUCGAUAUCGCAACCAUCAUGAAUUAUGGCGUUGAUAAGCCCUUCCCCGGUGGAAGUGAUUCGCCGACACCGUUAUGGUAUUUCCUCCCGGUGGUGGACGGGAUUCUGAUCACCGAUCGUUUGUAUAACUUGUUCUGGCAAGGCAAGUUCAUUCAUGUGCCUCUGGUAGUCACGGAUGACACCAACGAGGGCACACCAUUUGGGUACAACGCAUCCAGUGCCGAGGAGGUCGCCCAGUUUAUGAAGAACAAUUACCCGGGCCUCAGCGAUGACGAGCUGAAUCAAAUUAACCAAGCGUAUCCCUUGAUGGAUCCGCUCCCCAAGCAUGCUGCAUACUUCCCAUCUGCCGCGCAAGCAUACGGCGAGUCGACUUUCACCUGUCCUGGGAACCACAUGGCCGCCAUGAUGGCCCGAUAUUUCUCAUCCUAUACAGUGUGGAACUAUCGGUUCAACGUGCAAGACCCGGCGGAAACUGCGAAUGGGUUGGGGGUACCCCAUGUGUUCGAGUUGCCGGCCAUCUUCGGGUUGGGCGAUACCAACCAGGCAUCCGAGUCCUUUACCAACGUCAAUGCCAAGAUCGUGCCCAUCACGAUGAACUAUUAUCUCAGCUUCAUCAAAGCGCUCGACCCAAAUGUGUAUAAGUAUGAGGAAGCGCCCGUCUGGAAGACGUGGGGCAUUGGGUAUGGGCAACGACUGAAGAUCCAAACAGGAUCAACGGAGAUGGAACCAGUUCCUCAGGAACAGUUGGAUCGAUGUAUGAUGUGGAGGGGACUUUCCAAGUCUAUGGAGCACUGA